GGAGGACAGGUGAAGCUCUGCCUCCGCUGACCGCAAGUCACUGGUAAAAAAUAUCAGUGAUACAAUUAGCUAAAACUUGUUUAAAGUAUAUUGUUGAAUAAAAAAUUAACAACCGUACGAAUUCAUGAUAAUACAUCAUAUUAAAAGCGGAACUGCUCCGUUUAUUUAAAUAAGCCUGAGUGACUCAUCGCACGAAUCAAAUAAGGAAGUGAACGGCUGCUAAUGUCACAGCGAAAUAAAUCUUCGGAGUGGAACAUCUUUCUGCACGAAUGAUCUUUGGAACACAGGGAGCGUCCAAAAGAAUGCGAUGGCUUGGCGGUGUCUCCCGUUGCCAUGCCAACGCGGUUAGCAACACAAACUGAACCGUUGGGGAUUAUUUAUUUAAUACCGGACAAGGCGAAGGAAAGAUGUCCAGGUUGGGGGGUUCUGAGCGGGUUCUGCUGGAGCCGAACAUGGGGGCGGAGACCUGGUGUCGAGUGGAAUCAGACCCCCGGGAGUUGUGGGAGCGGGCCGAGAGGAGGCACUACCGGAACCACCUGAAGACCAGCGCGGUGCUGCUGAACGCGCUGACCGGCGGACAGCAGCGCAGGGCGGCCUGCACCCAAUGGCGGCUCCCGGUAAAACUCCCGGAGCGGAAACACUUCGACCAGAGCUAUAAAAACCAGUUGGUGCAAACAGAACGACCAGAACCAGAAGCAGAACCCAGGAUCUCCUGUAGCAGUCAGUCAUGUAACCAGUCCAAAGAGGCCUCUGACUGAAGACUGUUUCUGGAAAGUCCAACAGGCGCAGAAGGAAAUGAUGUUUCUACAUGUAUUAAAACUGAAGUUAAAUCCACACUGAGCAGCCUGGUGUUCCUCAGGGUUUUCUGGAAAUGAAAGAAAAUUUUAAAAUAAGUUAAAACAGAGAUGGAAACUGGACAUUAUCUCAGGAAACAUUUUUGAUCGACUUUUAUUCCGUCUCAGAUGAAAGUUUUCCAGCUUUUUGGCUAAAUGACAAAUAAAAAGCAAAGUUGUUUAAUA